AUGCCCAUAAUGGCGAUAAUGGCGAGAAUGCCUGCCGAACUGGGCCCAGGGGGCGGAUCAGUGGUCCGCUCUUUUGCCCGUGGAGCCGUCGCUCUCAUCUUCGUCAUCCGACCAAUCCCCGCCUUAGCGGGUUGGGGCUUCAUUAUCGUCGGCGGCAUCACCUUCCUCGCCGGCGUCUUCGGCGUAUUUUUCUCAGGCCGAUUCGGCUGCUGCGGGAUUCACAUCUUCCUGCACGCUCUCUCCAUCGCCGGAACAUGCGCCACGGGCAUAAUCGCCGUGGUCAAGCCCGACACGCUUGCCAACGACAUGCAACCGACCAUCGAUAUGGAUAAGGCCCAGAGUCUUGUGCUCGUCGAAGGCGGGAUCAUGCUCGCGCUUUUCACGCUCCAGCUGCUGCUGAUUAUCCUCACGUGCUGCGCGCAGUCCUGCGGGUGCCUGGACGUGGGAUACGAGGAGCUUGACUCUGCAUCGGCAGCGAAAAAAGCGGCAGCGGAGGCGAUUAAGGAGGAGGAGCGCCGCGCGCGGAUUGAGUCGUCGAGCGCGCAUCAGCUGGCGCAGAAGAUGAAAGAGAAAUACGGGAUGGUGGCAGGGGGCGGCAAGAAGAAAUCAGAUUACGAUCUUGAGAAAUGA